UCAAAACUCAAAAGAGAGAGUGGCGAGUAGUGAGAAAGAGCGGAGAAACCAUUGAAAGACAAUGCAAGAAGAGCAUUAAGCAGGAACAGUGUGAGAUUAAAAUUGAUAGGCAUUGGGCAUUGGGCAUUGGGCAUUGGGCAUGUUGGCAAUGCCGUUUCUAUCAUAAACCAAAAGGCAACAGACACUUUCUCUUUCCUUCCCAUGAGACUGUGGAUCCUGCAACCCCAGCCCCAGCGGUACCACUACCCCAUAAAGCGGUGGACCCGCAUGGACGCGGCCUUCCACCGCCGGAAGGACAAGGUGGUCGUCAUAAUGGGGGCGACAGGCUCCGGCAAGUCCCGCCUCUCCAUCGACCUCGCCACCCUCUUCCCCUUCUCGGAAAUCAUAAACUCAGACAAAAUGCAAGUCUACCGCGGCCUCGACAUAACCACCAACAAGAUCCCCCACUCCCACCGCCGCGGCGUCCCCCACCACCUCCUCGGCGACGUCGACCCCUCCCACGGGGACUUCUCCCCCGCCGACUUCCGCUGCCGCGGCGCAGACACCAUCGCCGACAUCAGCGCCCGGGGAAACCUCCCCCUCCUCGUGGGCGGCUCCAACUCCUUCGUCCACGCGCUCCUCGUCCAAAACUUCGACCCUCGCUUCAACGUCUUCCAUAGCCAAGCCCUUAUAUCCUCUCACCUCCGCUACAACUGUUGCUUCCUCUGGGUCGACAUAGCCUUCCCUGUCUUAUCCCAAUACUUGCGCCAACGAGUUGACCAAAUGCUUGACUCGGGGAUGCUCGACGAGUUGGCUCAGUUCUUCGACCCGGACGCCGCCUCUCGAACCCGGUUCGGCCUCCGAAAGGCCAUUGGGGUCCCCGAGUUCGACCGCUUUUUUAAUAAAUACCUGGGGUCUCAUGCUGGCUCCGAUCCUCUGCGGGAGCAUGCAUAUAGGGAAGCGGUCAGGGCGAUCAAAGAUAACACGUGUCAGUUGGCCCAGCGUCAGAUUGGGAAGAUCGAGCGGUUGAGACGUGCCGGGUGGGACCUACGGAGGAUCGACGCUACGGAGGCCCUCACGUCAGGCUCCCAUGUAUGGGAGAGACAGGUGUUGGAACCAAGCGUGAAGAUUGUGAAACGCUUCUUGAUGGAGUAGGUCUUCCAGUAUGUACAAAAUGCAAAUGCAGCGCCUCACUUUGUUUCUGCUGUCGCCUGUCGGAGGUUUACCUUUGACACGUGUAAGAUUCCCCAAUUUUCCUCUCCAGCCUCAGCAAUGUAAAAAUAAAAAUAUAUAUAUAGUAUAGCAAAUGUUGACAAAGUUUUGGUAUUAGUAGUCCUACUAGUUUAUUUAUUUGGGUUCUCCAACAGCUUCAAUUGUAUGUAUGCUAGUCACAUGAUGGGUGUGGACUGUGGAGGAUGAAAUGAUGAGCAAAUCACGUAGGAAAGUUUCCAACGGCAAGCAACACAUUUAUAUUUAUUUGUAUACCAUGAUGAAAUGAGACCAAAUUCUCUCCAACCCCACUGCUGUUGAAUUAACUAAAAGACAAGUAUUCGCUUUUUCUUUCUCUCUCUCUCUCUCCUCCCUUUCCUUGGUGUGUUUUCGUUUUGGUUACAAAGAGGCAUGAGGAAGAGGAAAGGGAUCCAUGGACUGUGAAUUUGUCUUGGCUUGCUCCCAAACAAAUUGUAGGACGAUGUUCAUUUUAUUCAUUCUGUCUCCACUCAGAACAACGCAUUUAUGUUACCCAAACAAAUACCUUCCGUAUUUA